AUGUCAUUUGGUAUUUUAAUGCACAUAUUUUUUAACAGAUCGUUUGCAAGACACUCUUCUUCAUGAAAUGUGUCAUGCUGCAGUGUGGAUCAUAAACAAAAUAAAUAAUGUUUGUCAUGGUCCUUUAUGGCAAAUAUGGGCUGCAAGGUGCAACUGGAUAUUACCUAAUAUAGAAGUUCCCCAGAGGUGCCAUAAUUAUGAGAUUUCUUUUCCUUACUUUUACAAAUGUGUCAAGUGUGAUUGGAAAUGUGGUCGAUACAAAAGGAGCCAGAAGCUUUCUCGAGCCUUGUGCCCAAAAUGUAGAAAUCGGCUUUCUCUGACUAUUUCUUAAGUCAUAGUCAUAUGCAAGUGUGAAAUAUCUUCUAAAUAUUUAUUCUUUUAUGUACAUUUCUGAUAAUCAUCAUCAUGGUUUUAAUAAAACAUUUGUA